AUGCUCGAUUCGAUCGAUGCGGUCGACUUUGACAUCGAUUCCGCCAACAAUGUCGAAGAGACGGCGUAUCAAGAAGGCUACCAGCAGGGCUUCGAUCAUGGCGCGCUUCACGGGACGUUCGAAGGACGCGAGCUGGGGCGCGAGAAGGGGUUCGAGCUAUGGGAGGAGGUGGGUUUCUAUCGAGGCAUGGCCGAGGUUUGGAGAAGAUGCUUGGAGCAGGCAGAUGCGGCUGGGCACAGCUCGCGGAAGCAGUCCAAGCAAAUUCAACACCUGGCUGGUCUCGAGAGGCUCAUCUCGAUCUUUCCUGUGACGAACACCUCGUCAGAUGCUUCGCUCGAUCUGGCACAGGCUACCCCGGACGAGUCUGUCGACAUUGAGCUGGACGCCGACGCAGAGGCAGACGCCGACGCAGGCAACGACGACGAUUUAUCCAAGCUCGACAUGUUGACGCUUCUCGAGAAAAUCCGAGCCAAGUACCGACUUACAUGCUCGGUGUUGGGGAUCACGCCGCAGCGCCCGGCAUCUUUGGCCGACAUGGUGAACUCUGCAAACCAAGGUGCAGCACCAGACGGCUACAAGAGCGAAGGCAAGACGGUGCUUGUUGCCGGUAAACUCGUGGACCCAUCUCAACUCAAGUACUGA